AUGGAACAGGUUACAGGAUCGGUUAGUUAUGGUAACCUGAUGAACACCCUCCAAACCGCAAUAGCCCAUAAUACGAAACUCAUCCACCUAAACACGAACAAAAAAAUGCUGGUGCCUGAAAUAUCGCGACUGACGAGUAACAGACCGAUCUGUGUAUCUGACGUCCUGUACAGAGUUUUCACAAGAAUAUUGGGGAAACACAUACAACAAUGGGCGGAAGAUACGGAACAGCUCUCGGAGAUGCAGAAUGGGUUCAGAAAAGACCGCCGGGGCGAGGAUAACAUUUUUAUCCUAACAUCCGCGAUAGAAAUCGCAAGAGCACAAAAGACGGGCCUGAUUUGCGUGUUUCUGGACGCCACAAAAGCAUACGAUCGAAUAGAUCGAAGGAAACUGUGGCAAACAUUGGAGGAGAGAGGCAUGAGUCCGUCAAUAAUCGAACUCUUGAAACACCUGUACGAGGAAACCUUUAUCUUCGUACGACACGGUGAGUACACCUCGGAGGAAGUAUCCAUCCCUAUUGGACUUCGGCAAGGGUGUCCCCUAUCUCCCAUCCUCUUCAGCCUAUACAUCGCAGACCUCGGAAAACAGCUCCUGGAAACGGGACUGGGGUUCAGAUUUGCGAAAAAGAGCAAUUUCUGGGAUGUAAAGGAGAACAAAUUCUUUACGAUCCCCGGACUACUCUUUGCUGACGACCUAUGUCUGAUGGCAAACAAGAUCGGCGAUAUGAGAGCUCUUCUGGAGAUAACAUCCAAGUUUGGCGACAACCGGCCCAUCAAAUUCAAUCCCCAGAAGAGCGGAGUGAUAGUCUUCUCUCGACCGCCCUCAACACAUAUGCACGAUCAGGGCCUCACGAUACAGGGGAGGCAGAUCCCAGAAGUAGAAUCCUACAAAUAUCUGGGAAUCGAGUUAUCGGCCGAAAGGUACUACCUAUCACAACACUGGGAGAAGGUAACCUGGACGGCGAACAAGGCAAUCCAAAGACUCAACGCGAGAACGUUAUGGAGCUUCAAUAGAUUCGAAGUAUCCAAAAUUCUCUGGAAAGCCACGGCAGUACCGCAACUCACCUAUUGCAACGCAACAAUAACUAUGCCGAAGAGACUGAGAAACCUUAUCGAAGUCAGGCAGAGAGAUGCGGGAAGGUGGGCCCUUGGCAUACCACACUCCACAAUUUCGAAGGAGUUUAUCGAAGGCGAACUCGGAUGGAGUUCUUUCGAGGCAAGAGAGGCCACGAGCAAAACGAUGUAUUUCGAGAGCGUGAAACAUAUGGACCAAAAACGCUGGCCCAGACGUAUCCUCACUGCCAUAGAGUUGACCAAAGCUAGGAACAUGGUCACCAAAACCACAUUACGUAUAUAUCGACAAUUCAAAGACAAAAGGGGUCUUGAGAGGAAUAUAUACGACAACAGGCGAGGCAGCCGACUCUUGGCGCUUGCAAGAGCAGGAAUGCUCAACACCAGGAGUCGACAACAUGCCCGAGACCCUUCGAUCGACGAAAGCUGCCCCAAAUGCGGAGCCCCAGAGACAGACACCCACAUCGUUCUGGAAUGCGAGGAAGGAAGAUUCGACCACAAGAAUAUUCGCACCGACUUGGACUUCACCCUGGUACAACCGCGAAUGAUCUAA